AGAAGAAGAAGAGUUCCCAGAUUGCAAGCAGAGGAAAAGGAAGAAGAAAAAGAAAAAGAAGGGAGGGGCAGCCUCGGCUUCCUCUGGACCGACCCCCCCUCAACCCUGAUACCCCCCUCCAGCCUGGAAGGAGGAAGCCAAGGUCCAGCAAAAGCCCAAAGCCUGCAUCCCUUUGAAGAGCAUCCUUUGCCUUGCCUUCGCUUGGCCCACCGCGCUCCCUCUAGCGGCCAAGAACAGGUAUUGCGCCCUGGGCUUUCUUUUCCGGGCAGCUCAGCAGCAGCAGCAGCUGAAAAUCAGGGGUCCUUUUCCUCGGCCCCCCAACCACGAUCCCAGCCCCAUAGCCAGCCUCCUGGGAGGGCAUUGGUGGAGGCAACAACCUUGGCAGGUCAGGAGUCUCCAAGCUGCCAGCCCAGAGGAGAGAAGAGGGAGCCAGCUAGCCAGUGCCACCAUCUGUGCCCGAUGCUAACCAGGCCUCCUGCUGUGGUCAGUGGCUGGGAUCCCCCACCUCCAUGACUUCGCCUGCCGACCCCUAAUCCCAGCAAUGACCUUGUGGAGCCAGCCUGCCCUCCUGCCGUGCCCCUUGCCCUCCGUCUCCACUGCUCCUCCCAGUGCCACCUGCCACGUGCCCGCUGCACCAUGAGAGGGGCCCGGCAGCUGGUAACCUGUGGAGGAGGAGGGCUACUGCGUGGCGGGUGGAGUGGAUGAGGGAUGGCCUCCCUGGACCUGCCAUACCGCUGUCCACGCUGUGGGGAACACAAGCGUUUCCGGAGCCUGUCCUCCCUGCGAGCCCACUUGGAGUACAACCACACCUACGAAACCCUUUAUGUCCUCUCCAAGACCAACAGCAUCUGCGAUGCCACCGUCUUCCCACUGGCAUCGGAUUCCACACUCCUGACGCCCACCACCCGCAGGGACAUCUUUGAGAGCACUUCCUUCCAGGGCAAGGAGCAGCGUUUCACCUGUGACCUCAUCGCUGCCGACGAGCUGGAACCGUCCUCCUCCCCCGUGGCCUCCCGCUACGUCCACGAAAUCGAGAUCCCUCUCACCGAGAUCUUCACCCGCAAGGCCAUGACGUCAGCCACCACUCCUCCCGCUGCCGCUGCUGCGGCCGUGGCUGCUGUGGACGCGGCUUACGAGGAAGGCCUGACCCGCCUCAAGAUCCGGGCCUUUGAGAAACUGGAAGUGGACAAACGCCUGGAGAAACUGACCGAAGAAGUAGAACAGAAGAUCGCCUCUCAAGUGGGACGCCUCCAGGUGGAACUGGACCGCAAGACCUCUGAGCUGGAGAAAGCCAAGCAGGAAAGUCUCCGGUUAAGUCGGGAAAAACAGGAGCUGGAAGAUCGGGCGGUGGAGCUCUCCCGCCAGGUGGAUGUCAGCGUGGAGAUGUUGGCAUCCCUCAAACAAGAUCUGGUGCAGAAGGAACAGGAGCUGACUCGCAAACAACAGGAGGUGAUCCAAAUCGACCAGUUCCUGAAGGAGACCGCUGCCCGGGAAGCCAACGCCAAAGUGCGCCUCCAGCAGUUCAUUGAGGAGCUCCUGGACCGAGCCGACCGAGCCGAGAAGCAGCUCCAGAUCAUCAGCAGUAGCUGUGGAACGACACCCAACUGCAGCCUGGGCAGAUGCAGCGUGCCUGGUUCCAAGAGCACUGGCAGACCGGUACCUCAUGGCAAUGCCAUUCUCCUAACACAAAAGUCCCCAAAAAGGGAGUCCUCCCCAGUAACUGGGGCAUCCAGCCAUGCCAAGGCCGUCUCCCAGAGCUCGGGAUGCUAUGACAGCGACAGCCCCGAAUUGUACCACGGGGAAGAGAACGCAGAUGGAAACCCCUAUCAGAGCGGACAGAGCCGAAGCUCAGAUGGCGGCUUUGACAGGUCCAAUGCAGUCCGCGGAUCCGGUCUGCGUAGGCAGGCCAUCCAGAACUGGCACCGCCGGCCAUAUCGGAACAGCACUGAGGGAGAGGAAGGGGACAUUUCUGACGUCGGCUCCAGGACCACCGAGUCGGAGGCCGAAAUGUGGGAGACGGAGCCAUCCAGGGUACCCCCAGAGGUUCAGCAGGUGAACUUCUCCAGGCCUGGAAACAACUCCCGGCUGCCAGCCCGGUCUGAUGGAGGGAAGGCCACCCGGCCCGAGAGAGGCAGUCCAUCCCGCUCAAAUGAGGUUAUCAGUCCAGAGAUCCUCAAAAUGCGAGCCGCUCUCUUUUGCAUCUUCACCUACCUGGACACCAAGACCCUCCUGAGAGCUGCUGAGGUGUGCAAAGACUGGAAAUUUGUCGCCCGGCACCCUGCCGUUUGGACCCGGGUGCUCCUGGAGAACGCCAGGGUUUCCUCAAAGUUCCUGGUCAUGCUGUCGCAAUGGUGCACCCAAACCCACUCCCUCACUCUCCAGAAUCUGAAACCACGGCAAAGAGGGAAGAAAGAGACCAAGGAAGAUUACAUGAAAAGCACACGGGGCUGCCUGGAAGCUGGGCUCGAGUCCUUAUUAAAAGCCACUGGGAGCAACCUCUUGAUCCUCCGGAUUUCUCACUGCCCCAACAUCCUGACCGAUCGCUCCCUCUGGCUGGCCAGCUGCUACUGUCGAGCCCUCCAGGCUGUGACCUACCGGAGUUCCACUGACCCUGUGGGCCACGAAGUCAUCUGGGCAUUGGGAGCAGGUUGCCGGGACAUCAUCUCCUUACAGGUGGCACCAUUGCACCCUUGCCAACAACCAACACGUUUCAGCAACCGAUGCCUGCAGAUGAUUGGGCGCUGUUGGCCCCAUUUAAGAGCCCUGGGGGUCGGAGGCGCGGGGUGCGGCAUGCAGGGACUGGCAUCACUGGCUCGAAAUUGCAUGCGCCUCCAAGUGCUGGAGCUGGACCACGUGACGGAGGUGAACCAGGAGGUGGCGGCCGAGGUGUGCCGGGAAGGCUUGAAGGGCCUGGAGAUGCUGGUUCUGACGUCCACCCCAGUCACCCCCAAGGCCUUGUUGCAUUUCAACAGUGUUUGUCGGAACCUGAAGUCCAUUGUGGUGCAGGUUGGAAUCGGCGACUACUUUAAGGAACCAAAUAGUUCCGAGGCCAGGAAGAUGUUUGAGGAAAUGGUUAACAAACUUCAGGCCCUGAAGAAGAGGCCGGGCUUUUCAAAGAUUUUACACAUAAAGGUGGAAGCAGGCUGUUAACCUUUGCGAGGAAGAGGUCGAAAUCUUACAUCUUCCGUCUGCCUGUUACGAAAAGACAACCCUGGAGCCAACACCGGUAGGCUUGCGAGCCGCCGUUCUCUGAACCGGCGCUUUAGAGAGCAACCAGCCUUUUUGAGUAGGCCUUCAGGAAGGCAAGCGACGGGCUCCUUUUCCUGACGGAGGGUCGGGUGCAUUGUGUCGAAACGAUGGUGCUACAUAUUUAAAAAAAGAAAAACCAACCACAAGGGAUUUCUCCAGACUGCCAGGGAGGUUGUCCCCUUCUCCUGUCCCGUUCUCUCGUUCUCUCUCUUCUUACAGAGGCAGCUGUGAAACCAUCUCCUUGCAACAGACGUUCUCUUUUUCUUUGCAGAGCAAUCCUUUCUCUUCAAAGAACCUUUUUCCCCCUUUGAGAAGCUCAGUAACUUACAGCUGAGAGUGAUUAAUACGCUGGGCUCCCUGUCCUCCCUUGCUUUGCUCUCCUCUGCUGAAAUGACUGAUCGUUCCUUCUGUCCGCAAAACAGCCGUGAAAAACCCGGGCGGCGUCACUUGAGAUUGAACUCCUUUCUGCGGUCUCAGUCUUGUUCCGUCUCUUUCCAAAAUGAAAUUUCUUAGGGACUUGGGGGGGGGGGGGAAUGACAGAGGAGUUCCUUUUGUGGAGAAGUGGAGGAAUCUAGCAUUUCUGUUGAUUUAGAUUUUCUUUUUUAAGAAAGGGCAAAGCAGAACUAAGGAAAAGAAAAUUUCCCAUAAGACUGGAUGUUAAAGCAUAAAAUGAAAACCCCAAGAUGCCUACUGUGGGGUUGUAUCUCAUCUCAGCAGCUCCGAAGUCACUCAGGAAGCCAAACGUGGUCCCAUCUCCAAAGCCUAGUUGGAGUCCAUCUCUGAAGUAGAACAUCUCUUAAGUAUCCUGCGCAGGCAAUAAAGCAUUUUGCCAACAAUUCAAGGGCACUGUGGUUUCACAAGGCCUUUUCUGACACCACUAUCUUUUGGAAGGCAGCACUCACAAAUGAUAUAUUCCUCAGCGGUGCCACGGAGCUGAAUAGCCCACAAGAGAUGGUCCUUUUCUGGAUGCAAACCUCCACCAAGACAUGACCUUCUUCACUCCGGUUGAACAAAGAGUAGGAAAUUCUGGC